CGCGGCAGGUCACGUGGGCCGGCGGCCGCUCGCUCGCCGUGCGGCCUGUCGCAAAGAGCAUGGCGGCGCCCGUGUACCCGGCUUGGGUGACCCGCUGGGUCUCCGGGCAGUGGCGGCAGAAGAAGCGGCCUCCGGUUAUCCGCCCCACCCGGCCGCUCGUGCUGGCCAACAAGGUCGCGAACCGCAGGGAGCAGGCGGGAGAGGCAACGUGCAUUACAGAGAUGUCAGUAAUGAUGGCCUGCUGGAAACAGAAUGACUUCAGUAACGCAGCUUGUGCUGAGGAGAUCCGGACGUUCUAUGACUGCGUGGCAAAGGCAGAAAAGGAACGCAGGGAGAAAGCUGAGGACGAGACCCUGGAACCCAGGGGAAAGUUAACUUCAAGUAAAGUGAACAAGCUCCUGAGGAGGUUUCCUAAUAUCACACGCUAUAUUUAAUGUGCUUUACUAAGGGACUAUGGAGAAGCAACUGAGCUGAGAUCAUUUUUGGAGAAGAACUGAAAAACAGAGUUCAGUGAACGUUUGAUGUCAGGUGGUGUCUGUCAGCACUGCUGUAUGGGUCUUGACUGAGAUCUUUGUUUCCAGAGUAAGAAAGAUUCAUCUUUUCCAGCAGCUGAGUGUGUUCAUGAGGUUCUUGGGUUUUGCAGUCUUAAGAUUUCUGCAAUGUGUUAUUCAACCAGCCACAGUGUGGGGUCAAGUCUUCUAGAAAUGUGUAUAAAUGUUUUUUCUAACAUUUAGGGAGUGACUUCACGUAUAAGCUUCAAGCCUAACUCAUGAGCUGCUAUCAGAAAGUGUGCAUGCCUUGACACUGAGCCAACUUAAAAUUGAUAAUAAUCUCAUGACUCAUACUCGUACACAUCUCUAUAUAUAAUUUGGUUCCUCUUAAAAUUUUUUGAAUUCCUGCUCAUUUAGAAGAGGGCUGGAGAAUGAGGAAGAAAUCUCCAGCAAAAUACCUUGCUACACUGGAAUACGCUGGGAAGACUCAAAUAUGACUUUAAUGUAGAUGCUUGUGAUUUAGACCCUCUGGUUUGUAGGUGGGACAGGUAUGAUGCCAUGUCAGAUUGAGGAUGUUAUCUGUGCUAUAAUAAAGUAAUGCAAGACUGUU